UGUAAAGUCCGGUUGUCAUCGCAUCAGUGCCACCAGUCCGAACAGUAUCAAAUUCCCAUUGUGAGAGAGAAGAAUGUAAACCCUGAAAAUAAAAAAGGUUGGGCAAACUACUUGCUUGUGAGUUGAGUGAGAGCGGAGUUGGUGGGAAUGGAGUCCGACGAGGUCAAGCCACCGAGGGUCCCACUGAGCCAAAGGCCCGAGUGGUCGGACGUCACUCCGGUUCCCCAGGACGACGGUCCGAGCCCGGUCGUCCCCAUCGCCUACAAAGAAGAAUUCGUCGAGACCAUGGACUACUUCCGGGCCGUAUACCUCGCCGACGAGCGUUCAGCCCGUGCUCUGCGCCUCACUGCCGAAGUCAUCAACUUGAACGCCGGCAAUUACACUGUAUGGCAUUUCAGGCGUUCAAUACUCGAUGCUCUCGAUGCUGACCUGAAUGAUGAACUGGACUUCAUUGAGAAUAUUGCUAGGAGUAAUUCUAAGAACUAUCAGAUAUGGCAUCAUAGGCGGUGGGUUGCUGAGAAAUUGGGAACUGAUUCUGCAAGGAAGGAACUUGCGUUCACCAAGAAGAUAUUUUCCAUUGAUGCUAAACAUUAUCAUGCCUGGUCCCAUAGACAGUGGGUUCUGCUGGCUCUAGGAGGAUGGGAAGAUGAACUUGGCUACUGUCAGCAGCUCCUUGAAGAAGACGUUUUUAACAACUCUGCUUGGAAUCAGAGAUUCUUUGUCAUAACAAAGUCUCCCCUCCUGGGAGGCCUAGAGGCUAUGAGAGAGUCUGAAGUGAGUUACACUGUUGAAGCCAUACUAACCUACCCUGAGAAUGAGAGCCCAUGGAGAUACCUUCGAGGGCUUUACAAAGGUGACACCCAAUCUUGGGUGAACGAUCCUCAAGUUUCGUCAGUGUGUUUGAAGGUUUUGAAUGCCACAAACAACUGUAUGUUUGCUCUGAGCACACUUUUGGAUCUUCUCUGCCAUGGUCUCCUGCCAAGUCAAGAGUUCAAUGAUGCUGUGGAUGCUCUGAAGCCAUCAGGCCCAGAUCAACCAGAUUCUGACUUGGGAAAAAAAGUUUGUUCUAUCUUGGAACAUAUAGACCCGAUCAGAGCCAACUAUUGGAAGUGGCGUAAGAGCAAGCUUCCCAGUGCAACUUAAUAUCGGAAAGGCUAAUGGAUAAGCUGAUUGUGUCAUCUCAGUGUCAAUUUGUCUGAAUAUUCACAUACUCAUAUCUACAGAUGGCGUUGGAUACAGGUCAUGGUCCUUAGCCAGCUUAUUUGGAGGAUAUUUCUGAAAAAAAAAAAAAAAAAUCCAAUCCUCAUGUUUUCAUUUGAGUAACAUUGUUAUACAGUCGGAACUUAAUUUGUGGGACUACCAUCCUGUUGUUGUAACCUUGAGGUGCAUUUAUAAAAUGUUAAGAGUUGAUCUUA